AGUCCCCCGACCAAUGCCGUCAGGUAAGUUACGCAAAUGCGUACGUUUCUGUCUCUCUCCUCAGCUUUUAUCCCUUUCUAAAUUUCGGCGACCAAAUAGAUGGAUGUGCCCCUCACGGUGACGGUGGUUCAUUUACCGGUCCCGUUUACCUUUAGUUAAUCGACGGCGGCAACCCCUCCCAUCUCCACCACCCGGCAGAAGAAGAACAUAGUCUAUAAUGGAAGAACACAUGUCCAACCAUCACCGGCGUCAGUCGCUGACGACCAACACCCAAUUUCCCACAACCGCCGCCACCGGCGGUACAAGCACCAACAAGCGGCGCCUGGGAGGAGACGGAGAGGAUCAGGGGGAGUCGGCGGUGUGGAAGGCAUUCGAGAGAAACUUCGAGGAGGUUCAGUCGGCGUUGGAUCGGAACAGAGUAUUGAUUCAACAGGUCAACGAGAAUCAUUGGUCAAGGAUCCACGAGAAUCUGGUGGAGAAUGUGAGUCUAAUCCAGGAGACAGGCCCGGCCCGGCCCAAGUGCAACUGGUGCCAGUGCACAGGGCCUCAUCUAUACGAGGGGCCUCCAAUUUUCAUUACACAGUAUCAUAUUAGGCCUGUUACGAAAUUAAGUAUUAAGCUUAGUGUUGGCCCAGGAGACUGCCGACCCAAAGCUUCAUUAACUGCUUUUUGUAAAUAGCAAUUGGAAGAUCAAUAGGUGCUUAAAACGGUGGAAAAUCUUUAGAGGAACGAAGAGGUAAGCCGGCAAGGAGUUAAUUCAUGUCGUUGUUUUCAUUGAACUUGUCUUUAUACAUACGUAGUAUUUUAGUAUUAUGAUUUGGAGUCUUUAGAUAAAACAUCAUGCGUCACCUUCAUGAUUUCAUCUAAUUUCUUUCACAACUAAAUUGUGGAAUCUGGAUUUCUGGACUUGAGGCAUUCAAAUACGCUGAUUUCUUUAGGGAAUUCACUUAUUCACACUAUUUAGAGGCCAAGUGGGGAAGACCUUCUUCUGAUUUUUAAGCUUUCGAAGAACCUACCCAGCGGCCUCCAAACUUCUUCAGACUUCAGCUCUCUUCCUCCUCUCCACAAGUCAUAAGUCGACGCCUGGAGCAACAUACACCCAGAGGGAGUCUCAACUUCUUCUCUAAAGAAAAGAGAUAAAGUUUUGCUCUAACUUUUCUUUACUUUUUUUACCGGAGAAUUAGUUAUUUUUAUUCUUUUUCAUUUUAUUAUGCCCUCACAUAGACACAUAGAUACAAACUAGGACUUUGGAUGGUUGAUACGAAAAGGGUAAAAAGACAAUAAUAACAAAGGUCUAAACACAGAGCUCCGUUUUAGGAAAAAAAAAUAGUGUACUACUAUUAGGGCCUACUAUUAAAUUUUUGAACAGGGCCUUCAAUAUGUCAGGACCGGGCCUGCCAGGAGAUCAACGCAAACAUUUGCAAAGUCGUUUCUGUCUACUCUGGCUUCUCCGGCAAACAUUUGAAGGUGUUUGCUAUGGCAUCAGGCCGGCUGCAUAACGCGAUUGGUAGUUAAUUUCAUUUAUUUGGAUGUAAUUGCGACGGUAAAGAUAGUUGAAAAGAUUAAUUUCAUUUCGAUGGAAUUGAGAGUUAUAAAAAUUGCUCAUUUCAUUAUAAAAU